GAGGGCAGCUGGCGGUCUGUGCUCGGCUCGGCUCAAUGCUAGCAAUGGCGCUGCGGGCUGGCCAGCUCUUUUCUCCGUGUCUCCUCACGGUUGCUUUGUUAUUGCUCGUGAGCGGACCACAGUUUGUACUUAGUUGUCCGAGUCGCUGUUUGUGUUUCCGAACCACCGUGAGAUGUAUGCAUCUCAACUUGGAAACCGUACCAGCAGUUUCUCUCCAGACUACCAUCCUCGACCUCAGGUUCAACAAAAUCAAGGAUCUACAACCAGGUUCCUUCAAACGAUUAAAGAACCUCAAUACACUCCUCCUCAACAACAAUCAUAUACGAAGGAUCCCCAGGGGGGCAUUUGAAGAUCUGGAAAACCUCAAAUAUCUCUAUUUGUACAAGAAUGAAAUCCAAUCAAUUGACAGACAAGCAUUUAAGGGGCUUGUUUCUCUUGAGCAACUGUACCUGCACUUCAACAACAUUGAUUCGUUGGAACCAGAAUCAUUCACUCAACUACCAAAGCUGGAGCGACUGUUUUUGCACAACAACAGAAUCACCCAACUAGUCCCGGGAACCUUCACUCAACUUCAGUCCAUGAAGCGAUUGCGACUGGAUUCCAAUUCGUUGAACUGUGACUGUGAGCUGCUGUGGCUGGCUGAUCUGCUGAAAGAGUAUGCUGAGUCGGGAAAUGCCCAGGCUGCUGCCACUUGUGACUACCCAAGCCGCCUGCAGGGCAGAUCGGUGGCAACACUCACCGCCCAGGAGCUCAAUUGUGAGGUACCCAGGAUCACCUCGGAGCCGCGGGAUGUGGAUGUGACCUCAGGGAACACUGUUUACUUCACCUGUAGGGCCGAAGGAAACCCAAAACCACAAAUCAUCUGGCUCAGGAACAACAAUGCUCUAAACAUGCGUGAUGACAGCCGUCUGAACCUGCUGGAAGACGGGACGCUGAUGAUUCAGAACACCAGGGAGACAGACCAGGGUGUCUACCAGUGCAUGGCCAAAAACGUGGCUGGGGAGGUCAAGACUUCAGAGGUCACGCUGCGAUAUUUUGGAGCCCCAACACGGCCAAGUUUUGUGAUCCAGCCGCAAAACACGGAGGUGCUGGUGGGAGAGAGUGUGACCCUGGAAUGCAGCGCCACCGGCCAGCCGCAGCCCCGUGUCUCUUGGACAAAGGGCGAUCGGACCCCGCUGCCCAACGACGCUCGCAUCAACAUCACACCCUCUGGAGGGCUUUUUAUUCAGAACGUGGUCCAGGAUGAUGGGGGACAGUAUACCUGUUUUGCCUCCAAUAAUGUUGAUACCAUACACGCGACAGCAUAUAUCAUUGUACAAGCAAUCCCACAGUUCACGGUCACGCCGCAGGACCAAUCAGCACUGGAGGGUCACACAGUGGACUUCCCCUGUGAGGCAAGUGGCUACCCCCAGCCGGUGAUUGCCUGGACGCGUGGGGGCAGUCCAUUACCCCUAGAUCGCCGCCAUGUGGUCCUGUCUUCUGGUACUCUCCGCAUCACUCGAGUGGCCGCCCAUGACGAGGGCCAGUAUGAGUGUCAGGCAGUCAGCCCUGUGGGGACUGUGCGCACCUCCGUGCAGCUCAGCAUCCAGCAGAGAGGUAAGGAUGGAGGGUGAGGCUUUACAAUUAAUGUA